AAGGUAACUUUGACCAACCUUUUGGCGCCAAUCGCCGGCCGGGCCUAAGUAGAACAACGUGGUAUCACGAGGUCGAACUUUAAUCAGGCAGACAAGUGCUCCGUAAUCUGAAAGAAGGAUUUAAAAGGCGUAAAACAGCGACUUCUCUACAAAUUAACAACAUGAAGUACAUUUUGGUGACUGGAGGUGUCAUUAGUGGCAUAGGAAAAGGAAUUAUUUCGAGCAGCAUUGGUGCAAUGUUGAAAGCAUGCGGGUUAAGAAUAACUUCGAUCAAAAUCGACCCAUACUUGAACAUCGACGCAGGGACCUUUUCGCCAUAUGAACACGGUGAAGUCUUUGUGCUUGAUGAUGGUGGUGAAGUUGAUCUUGAUCUGGGAAACUAUGAAAGAUUUUUAGAUGUUGAUCUUCACAGAGACAAUAAUAUAACUACUGGUAAAAUAUACCAGAAUGUUAUCGAAAAAGAAAGAAAAGGAGACUACCUUGGCAAAACAGUACAAGUUGUCCCCCACAUCACUGAUGGCAUUCAGGAAUGGGUAGAGAGAGUUGCAUCACAGCCUGUUGAUAAGUCAGGAUGUAUAGCAGAUGUUUGCAUAAUUGAGCUUGGAGGUGUCACUGGUGACAUUGAAGGGAUGCCUUAUGUAGAGGCAUUUCGCCAGUUCCAAUUCAAGAUUGGCCAUGAAAACAUUUGCAUUGUGCAUGUCAGCUUGAUUCCUCAGACUGGUUCUGGUGAACUUAAGUCAAAGCCAACACAAAUGAGUGUGAGAGAACUCCGUGGCUUAGGCCUAGCACCUGAUUUGAUCAUGUGUAGAGGGAAAUCUGAGAUUGAUGAUUCUUUAAAGCAAAAAAUUUCCAUGUUCUGUAUGGUUGAUAUCAAGCAGGUUAUCAGUGUACCUGAUGUAGAAUCAGUUUACAAAGUUCCUUUGCUGCUUCAGAAGCAAGGAUUAGUGGAUUAUUUUGCAAAUAAGCUGAACAUUGACUUCAAUGCUAGCUCUAGGUCUGCAUCUCCAACAAAAAGAAAUUUUCUUGCAAAGUGGAAAGAACUGGCUGACAGGGAUGGAAGUCCAUUUGAAGAAGUAACUAUUGCACUAGUUGGAAAAUACAUAAAGCUGGAAGAUGCCUACAUAUCAGUAAUCAAGGCAUUAAAGCAUGCAUCAUUGGCAUGCAAAAGAAAGCUGAAGAUCAAGUAUGUAGACGCUGAAUAUUUAGAGGAAGAUAUACGAAACGAAGAUCCUGUAAAAUACCAUGAAGCCUGGCAAACACUUUGUAGCUGCGAUGGCAUCCUUGUUCCUGGUGGUUUCGGAUCAAGGGGCACAGAAGGAAAAGUCAGAGCUGCAGAGUGGGCUAGAAAAACCAUGAAACCCUAUCUAGGAAUAUGCCUUGGUUUGCAAAUUGCAGUAAUAGAGUUUGCAAGAAAUGUUCUUGGCUGGAAAGACGCCAAUUCUACUGAAUUAGACCCAAAUACACCACAUCCUGUGGUAGUUGACAUGCCAGAGCACAAUCCUGGUCAAAUGGGUGGGACAAUGAGACUAGGCAAAAGAAAGACAGUUUUCAAGAACAUAGAGUCGCCCAUAAAACAUCUAUACAGAAAUAAAGACUUUAUUGAAGAGCGCCACAGACAUAGAUAUGAGGUGAACCCAUCAUUUGUGGCCCAGUUUGAGGAGAGAGGCAUGAACUUUGUGGGCACCGACGUGGACGGUCAAAGAAUGGAGAUUAUUGAGCUCAAAGAUCAUCCUUACUUUGUUGCCGUCCAGUUCCAUCCAGAAUUUCUUUCAAGACCGUUGAAACCCUCACCGCCCUACCUCGGUUUCAUUUUGGCCUCGAUCGAAAAGCUUCAAUCGUACAUAGCUAGAGGCUGCCGUUUGUCACCGCGCUCGAGUUUUACAGAUAAUGAAUCAUCCAGUGACGAGGACUCCAUUGCCCCAUUCACCGUAUAAACAUACCAAUUAAACACAUCGUUUGCCCUUCCUUGUUUAUUAAUUUGUAAAUAAUAUAAGUAUAUUUGUUUAUUCGUUACUUGCUAAUAUUUUGCAAUGAUAUUCGACGUCAAGAAAGUUCACACGCUCGGAAAUGGGAAUGUUAAGGUCCAACAAAGCGUACAGUCGUAUGGAGGAAAGGAAGGGGGUUCAAGGGAAAGCCUCCAUAAUUUGUCAAAACAAUAUUUUGUAGUAAGUUCAUGUUAGAUACCAAACUAGACCUAAAAUUAAUCUCCAAUGGAUCAAAAUAUUCAAAAGAUAAGUGAUCACCUCUCAACCUUAAGGUAAUAAGUCGCAAUUAUCAUAUGCGAUUUAUAUUGAUUAAGUUCUUGCCAGCUUGCACAGGGGAAGGGUUAAACAGGAAAUCACGUAAUAGGAGCAUACGUGCUUUAUGAUGCCGCCAUAUGAAAGGAAGAAAUGUUAUGUGUAGUUACUUAACUAAUGAUAUUGAAGGUAAAUAUAUUUAUAUAUUUAAAAGGUGGGGUAAGCGAAAUUUUUGUUACCAAAGGACAAUGAAAAACGGGUAUGAUUUCGAGCUCAAGGGCCGUAUAGAUAUACAUUUUCGUAUUAAUGACGUACCAGCCUGGACAAAUAAAAACUUUGGGGAAUGUAUAGCGACUUGUGACUAUUUUGGUUCCGUGACCAUAACUGAGUUGAUUGUCCGUACAUUUUACAGUUGAUACAAAUUUAAGUUAACCCUUUCCUGUCUCCUUUUCUCUUGUCUCUCAGCGUUUAUAUUUUCCAGAUAGGGAUGAUUUCAUCCAUAAUUUGGUAUUUUUUUAAUUAUUCGCCAGGACCUAACUAUUCAAUUAUUGUACUGGCGUGUGUCUUUGUCAUUCACUCUAUAUAUUAUUGAAAACUGAAAAAAUUGACAAUGAUGUACAAUUAUGGUAUUA